CGCGGCAUGAUCCCGCCCGCCUCCGUCGCCGCCGCCGCCGCCGCCCGCCGAGAUGCUGUACCACAGCUGGUGCGGCGUGUCGCUGCGCUCCGGCGCAAUGUACAUCGCCGCGGGCUUCGGGCUCUGCGCGCGGUGCUGGUGGCCGUGACGGUGUUCUACGCGCUGCAGGCCGCCGUCAACGUGCUGCUGCUGUUCGGCGCCAUGCAGAUUUUAGAUCCAUCCUCUAACCCGCAAUGUUUCCCGUCUCGUGCCCAGGAGAACGCCUGCCUGCUCUACCCCUGGAUCACCGUCUACUCGUUCGUGGUGAUCAUCAACCUGAUGGUGUGCGCGGUGGUGCCCGCCACCUUCUUCAGCCACGGCUUCUCCCUCGACGGCGUCUUCGCCAUCCUGGGCAGCAUCCUCAACAUCGGUUCACAGCGCUAUUCCUCUUCCCGUUAG